CCAACUAGCAUAAAAACAUUUUUCUGUUUACUAGUCCGAUCAGGCUUAGAGAACGAAAGUGUUGUUUAAUGAUCCUCACCACAUAUCUGGAGCCAAAGCAUUGAAGCAAUUCAAAAAAAGGCUACAUAAUUUGCUAUCAGGCUAUCCUACCCUGGAGACCCAACGACCUAUACCCAGAUUAUCCGACACGAUAUCUACUUUUAGGACUCCAUCCGUUGAAGUUCUGUUCGACAACUCAGUGCCUGUCCGUGGACGGUUUGAUCGGCAAUGAAAAGAGACAUACUAGCUAUCCUAAGCUCCAUGAAUUUCUUUGCGUCGUUUAGGAGCCUAGGACAGCGUGAAGUAAAUGUAUUGUGUUCCGUUUUUUAACGAAUUAUACCAUGCAUAUAUUUGGUAUUUCUUCUUCUGCGUUUCGUUAGCAUCUAUACAAGGGUCCAUCCAUUGUUAAACUCAUCUCAUUAGCUCCCAUGUAAUUCUACUAGAUAAUAUUUAACAUACUAUUAAUUAGGCAUUAAGUAAAAGUAUUAAGUAUUAACUAAAGAGUUUUGAAAUUUAACGAGUCUUUGUGUCCUUCUCAGUGUUCUACUUGAUACCCAAGCUGAGUGGCAUUUUCCCAGAAUCUUGUGUGCUGCUCGUGAUCGGUGUCCUAGUCGGUGGAAUGUUGCGACAUGCAGCAAAUCUGCACGGACCGUCCCUGACACCGAACACGUUUUUCUUCUACAUGCUCCCGCCGAUCAUCCUAAAUGCCGGGUACCUCAUACCGAAUCGCAAGUUCUUCGAAAACAUUACAACCAUUCUUCUGAUGGGUGUGAUUGGUACGCUAUUUAAUAUCGCCACCAUUGGUAGCUCGCUUUGGGCUUGCGGUCAGGCCGGCAUCUUCGGCAUUGACAUACCGUUCCUGCACAUUUUCCUCUUCUCUUCGCUGAUCGCAGCCGUCAAUCCGGUGGCGGUUCUCACUGUCUUUGAGGACAUACAAGUCAACGAGGUACUACAGAUCGUAGUGUUCGGUGAAUUGCUACUUAACUAUGCUGUCACUAUCGUAAUGUACCACAUGUUCCAAGUGUAUAACGAAAUUGGUGUUGACGAAAUCAUAACCGUUGACAUAGCGGCCGGUGUUGGGUCUUUCUUUGUCGAUGUACUAGGCGGUUCGUUUAUCGGUAUUACAUGGGGCUUCCUGGCUGGAUUGAUAACACGGUGCACUGAUAAAGUGCGAGUCGUCGAGCCGAUCUUCAUCUUUGCGAUGGCUUAUAUGGCGUACUUGAAUGCGGAAAUUUUUCACAUGAGCGGUAUCCUCGCCAUCACUUUCUGUGGAUUAACGGUGAAAAACUACGUUGAGCAGAAUGUGUCGGAGAAAUCACGCACUACCAUUGAGUAUACAUUGAAAAUAUUGUCCUUCUCGGCGGAAACGAUUAUCUUCAUGUUCCUUGGUGUGGUCACCGUUAGUUAUGAGCAUGAGUGGAACACUUGGUUCGUUUUGCUGACCAUAAUCUUCUGUUUUGUGUAUAGAAUUUUAGGUGUUUUGAUAUUGUCAGCGUUAUCAAAUGCUUUUAGAGUUCAGAAGCUAACUAAGGUAGAUCAAUUUGUCAUGUCUUACGGAGGCCUUCGAGGAGCUGUUGCGUUCGCUUUAGUGCUACUGGUGGACGAGGAUCGCAUUCCGCUGCAGCCAAUGUUCUUGACGACGACGAUUGCGGUCGUUUUCUUUACAGUGUUUCUGCAAGGUACCACCAUUAAACCGCUAGUCAAAAUACUGGAUAAUAAGCAUUUGAACCAGCACAAACCAACCAUGGAAGAAAAUAGUCACGAACUGGAGAUGGUGUAGUUGUGUAAUAGAUAAAUGUUAUCUUGAUGCCCGGUCGGCCCGGUUGUGUAUGAGGUUACGGCCGGUUCCAUACAAUUGGACUAUUACAAUUUCCCGUUUGGACAGUUCAUCAGUAGCAAGGACUUACUAUUUGACUACGUUGUAAAAAUAAGUUUAGAAUAUGGCCUGGCUGUAUCUUACGAGAAAACCGUUUUGAUAAUGUAAGGUGCGUAUAGAUCUGAGCUUUAUAACCGUUUUUUUGCAAUGUAUUGUAACAUAUAGAUUUAUCGAGUUUAAUUAAACAGAAAAAAUACUAAUAUUAUAAUAUGGCGUGAAAAUGCAGGUGAACACUUGAGAGGGUAAAGUGCCUGGAGCAUGGUUAAUACGUAUGACUCCAAAUUGUGUGCUGGCUGUAGCAUUGAAUCAAGAACAUUAAUAGUAUCUCCUAGCAGUCAGUUAUGCAACGCGUCAAAUGUGUUCAACAUGUAUUAUCUAUCACUAACACUGCCAUGCCGAUUUUGGGGUAUGAUCACGCGUGAAUAAAUACUUAAUGUGUGGGAAUUAAAAAAAAAUAUAUUGAAGAUUACGGGACUCGUCGCACUCGUAUUUAUUUCUGUUUCUUUGAUUCUAAACGAACGCCAUGAAAAUUGAUUACUUUCCAUAAGAACCAUAUACUUCUAAAUAUUUCAUACAAUCUUUUUAAAUUAAAUUAGAUUGCUUUAUAUACUUAUUUGUUAUUAUAUUGUAGUCACUCCCGAGAUAGU